CUGCACGGGAAGCAAGCAAGAUGAAGAGGAGCAUCGCAGUAAUCAAGAGGAUGAGAAGGCCCGUCUUGAAGAAUACAAAAGGCUUAUUGAUUUAAAGGCUGCUCUUCGCCAGAGUAACCUAAACCCUGAAAGGCCUGGUCGUCUGGGCCACUUGCUCCUUCUGUCAUCUUCUAGCGCCAUCUGGCUGUUUCUUUAUAAGUCUAGGUUUUAAUCAUUUUCUGUCUAUGGAGAUCUGUUUGCUUCAAACUAUUCUUUUGGCUUAGACUUGCAAUUAGCCAAUUACUCUCAAGCUUAAGGUGCACUUGGAUGUCUUUUCAGAACAAACAUGUUUCAUGCACGCAUUCCUUUGUCUUCCUAAGAAGUCUACAUUAUGUGCAGCUCUAAAAUGUUCACCUUUGCUUGACACAUGAAUCUUUUCAAGGCCUAAUUGGUAUCAUAGUCCUUUUUAUGUGCAGUACAUCGAUGCAUAUCUGUGAAAAUGUUGAGCUGGUACCUAAAGGAACUAAGCAGAGUCCUUACUGAGGGUAUAUAAGGCAAUAUUUGUAUUGUUUGUUUCACAUGUACCUGAGCUUUUUUUUUUUUACUAUCCUUGUAGAGGUCCCAAGUACCAACUACGAAGAGGUACUGCUAAUUGUAACUUAUGGUGUACCAUAAUUUGGCACCUUAGGUACCAUACAACUUUUGGUAUCUGAGGUACCAAUCUCAAGCUAUACUUUUGGACCUCUAGAUGCAAAUCACAUAAGGACUCUUGAUUCCAGUAUUAAACGCAAUACAACAAUCAUCAAGAAACUCAAAGUGAUAAAUGAUGAAGUAAAGGACGGGUUAAUGGAAGAACUGAAAACUGUAAACUUGAGCAAAUUUGUCGGUGAAGCAGUUUCUUACAUUUGUACUGCCAAGCUCCGUUCUACUGACAUACAAGCUGCAGUUCAGAUUUGCUCGCUACUCCAUCAAAGAUACAUGGACUUCUCUCCUUGCCUUAUUCAAGGACUCUUGAAGACCUUCUAUCCUGAGAUGUCUGGAGAACCAGAUUUAGACAAGAAUGCAAGAGCCAUGAAGAAGAGAAGCACUCUUAAACUUCUAAUGGAACUGUAUUUUGUUGGAAUUUUUGAAGAUGUUAGUACUUUCACAACCAUUAUAAAGGGUCUUACAUCACUGGAGCAUUUGAAGGAUCGGGAAACAACGCAGACAAAUUUGUCUCUCCUUGCUAGUUUUGCUCGUCAAGGAAAAUCUUUUCUUGGACUGCAACAACAUGAGCAAGAUGCUUAUGAUGAGUUCUUUACCGGCCUCAAUAUUACUUUUGAUCAGAAGAUAUUCUUUAAGAAAGCCUUUUGCUCUUACUAUGAUGCAGCAAGCGAACUUCUCUUGUCAGAACAUGCGUCUCUUCGUGUGAUGGAAUUGGAAAAUGCAAAAAUUUUGAAUGCCAAAGGAGAACUCAGCGAUGAGAAUACUGCCUCAUAUGAGAAUCUGCGAAGAUCUUUUGAUCAGUUAUUGCACUGUGUUUCCUCCUUAGCUGAAGCUCUUGGUAUGCAGCCUCCUGUUAUGCCGGAAGAUGGACAUACAACAAGGAUUACCACAGGCACUGACUUAACCACUUCUGAGAAAGAAUCCUCUGUGGUACAACAUAUAUGGGAUGAUGAGGACACCAAGGCUUUCUAUGAAUCUUUACCUGAUCUCAGAGCAUUUGUGCCUGCUGUACUACUGGGACAAGCUGAACCAACAUUGGCAGAGCAGCAUGGAAAGGUUCACCAGCAAUCUAAUGAGUGUACCAUGCAGUCAGAGACUGAAGUACAAGAUACUGAACAUCAAUCCGGUGGAAAAACAAAUGUGGAGCACAAGAAUAGAGUGAACACUGAAAAAGAAAGAGUGGAUAAAGAAACAUCUGAAGAAAUGAUUGUUGGCAGGAAAGGAGAUACUGAAAGAGAGAAAGUACGAGGCGUAGAUGGUGCAAGCUUGGAUAGCCUGCUGCAGAAGUUGCCAAGAUGUGGUAGCCGUGAUCUAGUUGAUCAAUUGGCAGUAGAGUUUUGCUACCUGAAUUCUAAAGCAAACAGGAAGAAACUUGUGCGGGCCUUAUUCAGUGUUCCAAGGACUUCUUUGGAACUGCUACCUUACUAUUCCCGAUUAGUUGCCACCUUGUCGCCAUUUAUGAAGAAUCUUCCGAGUAUGCUAUUGUCAAUGCUUGAAGAGGAGUUUAAUUUUUUGAUAAAUAAGAAGGAUCAGAUCAAAAUUGAAACUAAAAUUAGAAACAUUCGAUUUAUUGGGGAGUUGUGCAAAUUCAAAAUUGCGCCUUCAUGCCUUGUUUUUGGCUGUUUGAAGGCUUGCUUAGAUGAUUUCACACAUCAUAACAUUGAUGUGGCCUGCAAUCUUCUUGAGACCUGUGGACGCUUUCUUUAUCGCUUGCCAGAAACUACAAUUCGCAUGUCAAACAUGUUGGAGAUACUGAAGAGAUUGAAAAAUGUCAAGAAUUUGGAUGCACACCAUAGCACACUUGUAGAAAAUGCCUAUUACCUAUGUAAACCUCCAGAAAGAUCUUCCAGAGUCUCUAAACUUCGGCCACAUCUACAUCAAUACAUAAGGAGGUUACUUUUCUCCGAUCUUGACAAAUCUACUGUUCAACAUGUUCUUCUUCAAUUGCUCAAGUUGUCUUGGGCAGACUGUGAACAGUACCUUGUGAAGUGUUUUCUAAAGGUUCACAAGGGAAAGUAUAGCCAUGUUCACCUGAUUGCUUUACUCACUGCUAGUCUUAGUCACUAUCAUCAUGACUUUGCUGUGACAGUGGUAGAUGAGGUUCUAGAGGAGAUUAGAGUUGGACUUGAGCUAAACGACUAUGCAAUGCAGCAGCAACGCCUUGCCCAUAUGCGGUUUCUUGGGGAGCUAUAUAACUAUGAGUAUAUUGAUUCAUCAGUUAUAUUUGAGACACUAAACCUUCUUACUAUAUUUGGUCAUGGAACACCUGAGCAAGAUCUGCUGGAUCCCCCGGAAGAUUGUUUCAGGAUCAGGCUGAUCGUUACACUUCUACAGACUUGUGGUCACCAUUUUUCUAGAGGCUCUUCAAAAAGAAGGCUCGACAGAUUUUUGCUACUUUUUCAAAGAUAUGCUCUCAGAAAAGGGCCGUUACCACUUGAUGUAGAAUUUGAUGUUCAGGAUAUGUUUGCUGAGUUACGACCCAAAAUGACGAGGCAUUCAUCCAUAGAAGGAUUAAAUGAUGCGCUUGUUGAGCUUGAAGAAAAUGAGCGUGUGAUGGCAGUUGAGAAAGGUGGAGACAAAAGGCACUUGGACAGUGAAUCGCAGUUGAAACAAUCUGAAAAUGCUGCUUUUGAUACAAAUGGCAAGAGGGUAGCAAAUAGACCUAAGAAAAAUGUUAAGAGCCAUGAAGACAUAGGAGAUAGUGAGAGCUCUUCAGAUAGCAGAAGCAGAUACCGGAGUGGACAUGAAGACGGGGAAAGUUUUCCGUACGAGGAAACAUUAGAUGACAGGUUGGAAAAUGAAGACCACAGUGAGGACAUUGAUGCACCUGUUGGUUCAGAUGAAGAAGGAACUGUUGAGGUUCGACGGAAGGUGGUGCAAGUUGAUGCUAAGGAACAAGAAGACUUUGACAGAGAACUGAAAGCCAUUCUUCAGGAAAGCUUGGAGUCACGUAAGUUGGAGCUGGCUAGGCCCACUGUGAACAUGACGAUACCAAUGAAUGCCUUUGAGGGGUCAAAGGACUUGAUGGCCAUUGAAGCAGCGGACAAAGAAAAUGUGUGUGGUGACGGUGAGAUUGGCAAACCUGGUGAUCUCGGCGACGUGCGCGUCAAGGUGCUUGUGAAGAGAGGGCAUAAGCAGCAGACGAAGCAAAUGCUCAUCCCCGGGGACUGCCCACUCGUGCAGAGCACGAAGCAGCAGAGUGCUGCUGAGCUCGAGGAGAUGCAGAACAUCAAGCGGAAAAUUCUUGAGUACAACGAAAGGGAGGAAGAGCUGGACGCAGGGUCGCUGCAAGGCGGGGACUGGGACCAAGGAGGAAGCGGCAACAUGCCUCUUGCUGGAUGGCCGGGGCGUGUUAGCUGGGUUGGUCCAAACAGAGUUGGAGGCGUUCGGCGGCACUACUGGGUUGCUGGUGGGUUCUACCGUGGCUAUGGAAGAAGGUGAGCAUGGCACUGCAUUCAUCGUUCAUAGUUUGUUGCCGCAAUACCAUCCCAUAAAUGUGGAACUGCUCGAUCGAUCCAAGCUCUCCACCUCUAACCUAAGACGGUAUAUAGUAUUUAGUCGAUGACGCGAAAAUGAUUGCCUUAGUAGUUGCACCCUUCAGGAUGGUGGUGGUAUGUUAAGUCAGUGUUAUCUCCGUAACAAAGGGUUAGCUUUGCAUGUACAUAAGACGUUUUCACUACCUGAGAUCUGGUAAGCGCGUAUCCAGGCGCUCAACUGCUACCUGGCAAUGGAAACCUGGACCUGGCGAGUGGUGAGCUUUUAGAACGUGACCUUGCACCUUGAACAGUUGACUUGUAUGUUUGCUCUCGAUGUCAGGUGUCAGGAUGGUUUAUGGGCGCAAGAUCUGAGCGCGAGAAUCCUAGUACAUUUUCAACUCC